AUGAUUCUUCUAGCUGUGCUUUUUCUCUGCUUCAUUUCCUCGUACUCAGCUUCUGUUAAAGGUCACACCACUGGUCUCUCUUUAAAUAAUGACCGGCUGUACAAACUCACAUACUCCACUGAAGUUUUUGUUAAUCAGGGCAAAGGAAAGCUCCAAGACAGUGUGGGUUACCGAAUUUCCUCCAAUGUGGACGUCGUCUUACUGUGGAGGAAUCCUGAUGGUGAUGAUGACCAACUGAUCCAAAUCACGAUCAAAGAUGUAAAUGUUGAAAAUGUGAAUCAGAAGAGGGGAGAGAAGAGCAUUUUCAAAGGAAAAAAUCCAGCCAAAAUCGUAAGAAAAGAAAACUUGGAAGCUUUACAAAGACCUGUGCUCCUUCAUCUUGUCCAUGGAAAGGUCAAAAACUUCUACUCAUAUGAAAAUGAGCCUGUGGCCAUCGAAAAUCUCAAGAGAGGCCUGGCUAGCUUAUUUCAGAUGCAGUUAAGCUCUGGAACCACCAAUGAGGUAGAUAUUUCUGGGGAUUGUAAAGUGACCUACCAGGGUCAUCAAGACAAAGUGAUCAAAAUUAAGGCCUUGGAUUCAUGCAAAAUAGAAAGGUCUGGAUUUACAGCUAUAAAUCAGGUCUUGGGUGUCACUUCGAAAGCCACAUCUGUCACUACCUACAAGAUAGAAGACAGCUUUGUUAUAGCUGUGCUUGCAGAAGAGACACAUGCUUUUGGGCUGAAUUUUCUACGAACCAUUACUGGCAAAAUAGUAUCAAAGCAGAAAUUAGAGCUGAAGACGACUGAAGCAGGCCCAAGACUAAUGUCUGGAAAGCACAUAGCAGCCAUAAUUAAAGCAGUUGAUUCAAACUACAAGGCCCUUCCCAUUGAGGGGCAGGUGUUCCAGAGCGAGUGUAAAGGAUGUCCUUCGCUCUCGGAGCACUGGCAGUCCAUCAGAAAACACCUACAGCCUGACAGCCUCUCCAAGGCAGAAUCCGUCAGAAACUUCCUGGUCUUCAUUCAGCACCUCAGGACUGCGAAGAAAGAAGAGAUCCUCCAGAUCCUAAAGACUGAAAACAAGGACAUUCUACCACAGCUGGUGGAUGCUGUCACCUCGGCUCAGACCCCAGACUCAUUAGAUGCGAUUUUGGACUUUUUGGAUUUCAAAAGUGACAGCAACGUUAUCCUUCAGGAGAGGUUUCUCUAUGCCUGCGCAUUUGCCUCCCAUCCUGACGAAGAACUCCUGAGAGCCCUCAUUAGUAAGUUCAAAGGUUCCUUUGCGAGCAAUGACAUCAGAGAAACUGUUAUGAUCGUCAUCGGGGCCCUCGUCAGGAAGCUGUGUCAGAGCGAUGGCUGCAAACUCAAAGGAGUGGUAGAAGCCAAGAAAUUAAUCCUCGGAGGACUGGAAAAAGCAGAGAAAAAAGAGGACAUCAUGAUGUACCUGCUGGCUCUGAAGAAUGCCCUGCUCCCAGAAGGCAUCCCGCUCCUCCUCAAGUAUGCAGAGACAGGAGAAGGGCCCAUCAGCCACCUGGCUACCACCAGUCUCCAGAGAUACGAUGUCCCUUUCAUAACGGAUGAGGUAAAGAAGACUUUGAACAGGAUUUACCAUCAGAAUCGCAAAGUUCAUGAAAAGACCGUGCGCACCACCGCAGCUGCUAUCAUUUUAAAUAGCAAUCCAUCCUACAUGGAAGUAAAAAACAUCCUGCUCUCUAUUGGGGAGCUUCCCAAAGAAAUGAAUAAAUACAUGCUUUCCACUGUUCAAGACAUCCUACGUUUUGAAAUGCCUGCAAGCAAAAUGAUCCGUCGAGUUCUGAAGGAGAUGGUUGCUCAUAAUUAUGACCGUUUCGCCAAGAGUGGAUCUUCUUCUGCCUAUACUGGCUACAUAGGACGUAGUCCCCAUUCGGCAUCCACUUACAGUCUUGACAUUCUUUACUCUGGUUCUGGCAUCCUAAGGAGAAGUAACCUGAACAUCUUUCAGUACAUUGGGAAGUCUCAUCUUCAUGGUAGCCAGGUGGUCAUUGAAGCCCAAGGACUGGAGACCUUAAUUGCUGCCACUCCCGAUGAGGGGGAGGAGAACCUUGACUCCUAUGCUGGCCUGUCAGUCAUUCUCUUUGAUGUGCAACUCAGACCUGUCACUUUUUUCAACGGAUACAGUGAUUUGAUGUCCAAAAUGCUGUCAGCAUCUAGCGACCCUGUCAGUGUGGUGAAAGCACUUGUUCUGUUGAUAGAUCAUUCCCAGGAGAUUCAGUUGCAAUCUGGACUGAAGGCCAAUAUAGACAUCCAGGGUGCUCUAGCCAUUGAUAUUUCAGGUGCAAUGGAGUUUAGUCUGUGGUAUCGUGAGUCAAAAACCCGAGUGAAAAAUCUGUUGGCUGUGGUAAUAGCUGGUGACAUCACUGUGGACUCCUCUUUUGUGAAAGCUGGCCUGGAAAUCAGUGCAGAAACGGAGGCCAGCAUGGAGUUUAUCUCCACGGUGCAGUUUUCUCAGUACCCGUUCCUAGUCUGCCUGCAGAUGGACAGGGCUGAGGCUCCAUACAGGCAAUUUGAGACCAAGUAUGAAAGGCUGUCCACAGGCAGAGGAUACGUCUUACGGAAAAGAAAAGAAAGGCUGGUGGCAGGAUCUGAAUUCCCUCUCCACCAAGAGAAUGCUAACAUGUGCAAGGUGGUGUUUCCCCCUCAGCCGGAGAGUGCUUCCAACGGUGGGGGUUGGUUUUGA